UCACACCACCCCCUCAAUCCAUUUUUCUCUUCUAGUAACCAUUGAUCAUUCAUCUUCACCAUGGAUAUGACCGACAUCUCGGCCGGCCGAUCACUGAGACGAGAGCUCCAAGGACCUCGACCGACGCCUCUAAAAGUACGUAAAGAUUCACACAAGAUCAGAAGACCGCCCUUGCUACCACAAACUUCUCAACCUCAAGCGCCAUCCAGGCCACCUGUUAUUAUAUACACAGCCUCUCCCAAGAUAAUUCAUGCAAAACCUAAUGAAUUCAUGUCAUUAGUACAACGUUUAACCGGCCAAGAUUCGACUUGUUCUUCAUCUAUGAUGAAUUCGUCGUCAUCUUCGGGUUUUCAAGUUCAUAGUGAUGCAAUAUCUCCAGCAGCACGUUUUGCUUCCAUAGAAAAAAGCAAGUCCCCUGAAGGGAGGAAAUUACUACGAGAUUUUGACAUGGAUAUGAUUGAAGGAAUGGAGAUGAGCGCCGUGUUUGAGAGGCCGUCCGGCCAGUUUCCGGGCAUUUUAUCUCCUAAUCCGGCUUCUCUUCCACCUAUCCCACCAAAUUUUUUCUCUCCACCCUCUGAUCCUAAUCCAUUAGGGUUUUUUCAUGACCUCAGCCCGGUUUUACACAGUAACAGGAAUUAUUUAGACAGCAGUUUAUUGCCUAGUCCUUCGAAUUUUGUUUCACCCCAAAUUCCUUCUCCAAAUACUUUAGACCUUUUCAAUGUCUUAUUUGACCUUUAACUCAAUACGUGUCUUUUGGUAGGGGAUUUUGACUUCAAUUCUAUUUCAUCAACCCAACCAAGGUAUAGAGAAAAUGAGGGAUAUUGCCAUUGUUUAACACAAGAAAACGAGAUGAGAUCUGAUAUCCAAUUUUGCUGUUCAUCCAA